CUAAUUUGAUUUCGAUUCGACUACACACUAUACAUAAACUCAACUUACAAUAUUCCCUCACGAUCGAUCAACCAAACUCGAGAUGAAAGACUAAGAAAGAAAUUCACAAACACCAGAAAAUUGAAAAAGGACCGAUCGAAAGAAGAUGGAUGAAUUAAAAGUGAUUCCAAUCUUUCCAUUCGAUGCAAGUUCGAUUCAUUUCUUAGAUAUUAUCUUACCACCUUUACUUUUAUAUCUCUCGAUCCUCAUAUACGAUCUAGAACAUCAACCAAAACCAACUCAUUCAAAUCGAUCACACUUAUUUUUCAAUCAAACUCAUCAUGCUCGUUUCUUACCUCAUUCAUCUCAACAUCAAUUUAAUUAUACUUUACUUCAAUUCGGUUUAGAUUUAGAUCAACUUGAAUCACAUCAAUUAAACUUGCCUUUUAAAUUAUUCAAAUUUAUCAAAUCCACUUCAAAACUAUCAAGUCGAUUUCUUUCUUUUUUACCCAUUACUUCAAUUCAUCCUAAAGAUUAUCUUUAUGAAUUAACACCUCAAUCAGAUCCUAAACAAGAAGCUAAACUUUCACCUCAAUCCAUCAAAUCAUCAUUACUCAAUGAACUACGUGAUCAUCAUCAGAUUGAUGUGGAGAACACUAUUGGAUCAGUUUAUGUAAUCACCAUGCCUAGUUAUCUUGGCUAUGAAGCUAUGAACCCUUUGAGCAUUUACUUUUGUUAUUCACCCAUCGAUCAAGUUAAAUCUCAGCUCGAUGGAAAACCUACUCAUCCAGCUCUAUCAAUUGUGGUUCUAGAAGUUCAUAAUACAUUCUCAGAGCGUCAUCUUUACGUAC